UCAUUCCAUCACCCUCCACCCUCCGAAGUUGGCUUUCAAUUUUGCAGUCCGAGGAAAAAGCGAAAGCGAUGGAGAAAAUGGUUGUUCUCAGAUCACUAUUGCGUUCUGUCCGCGCCGGAUCUUACAGCAUCGCCGGCGUCCGACACCGGAGUUUACUGCAAAGUCACUACCAGGCCGCUAGGAAUUUCUCCAAUCUAUCGUCGCCUCGUUCUUCUUUCUCAGAUUCUCCUCAGAGAGUUUCUUAUGAUUGUGGCUAUCUAUCUGGCGCAGGGCACGCUAGAUUUUUUAGUGUUGAUGUAGCUCAUAUGCCUACAAUUGAAGAUUCCAAGCUUCGGAAUGCUUUCAAGGAUUUGAUGGCCGCAAGUUGGGAUGACCUUCCUGAGCCUGUUGUCUAUGAUGUGAAGGCAGCAUUAUCUGGAAGCACCAACGACGAGGCCGGAAAGGAAAUUGUGGAAAAUGUUUUCCGAGCAGCUGAAGCAGCCGAGGAGUUUGGUGGUAUACUUACCAGCUUGAAAAUGAAAAUUGAUGAUAGCAUUGGUCUUAGCGGCGAGGAUGUUAAGCCUUUGUCCGAUGAGCUUAAGAAUGCACUACAGACGGUUCAUGAUCGCUAUACUGCCUACUUGGAUGCAUUUGGUCCCGAGGAAAACUAUCUGAAAAAGAAAGUGGAAACAGAGUUGGGAACAAAGAUGAUUCACUUGAAAAUGAGAUGCAGUGGCCUUGGAUCUGAGUGGGGAAAGGUUUCUGUGCUGGGAACCUCUGGUCUAUCAGGGUCAUAUGUCGAGCAAAGAGCAUAAAUUUGGCUGUAAUUGCAAGCUUCCGUUAGUUUGAGUGUAUGUUCUUCAAUGUUUUAUUGUGCAUCUUCUCUCAAAACCAAUUAACCGUGGAGUUAAUGGCAAUUGAAUAAGAUCUCACCUUGAGGAAUGAGUAAACAGAAUUUAACAUCCUCAUUUGUUUACCAAUUAUUCGGUUUCUUCUACAA